AGCCGUGAAGUAACUUUAGUUCCUCUGUGUUAACCUCCAACAUCAUUACUGGGACCAGGUGGUUCAUAGCCUUAUAUGGACUUCCUCCAACCUUUGCUCCGUCUUAUCUUAUCACUUCACCAGAUUAGGUUGUGUUCGGGUGGAGGCCCCGCCCUGACGGAGCGUUGGGACCAUCGUGAAGGCUUUACACGUCGUUAGCUGCUCUUGAAGUCUCUGUCCUCAUUUGUCUUCCACACUGAGGAGCCCAGCAGCUCAAUCUUUACUCUGAACCUUUAGAACCUCUUAAUGUUCUGACUCAGUUCUGAACACUUACUUUGGGUGUUGGUGAAUCUCUUCCUUCCACAGAUCUCACUUUCCUUGCUUUUUUGCUUUUAUAUCUUCAUACUACAUGGGGCAGCAGACGUUUUUCCCACGGAGAAACUAAGGUCUCCAGUCUACUAUGGAUGAGGAGAUAGAGGUGGGGGGUCCUACCUCUAAGACCACUCUGUCUGGGGAACAUGGCCGCCGGAGCAAAGCUAAGAGCCCAGAGCAGCAGCAGAGAGCAGACUCCCCUACACCCAGCAGUGUCUCCAUGAAGAGUGACCGCUCCAUGGAUCAUCGUCCUGGGCUUAAAGGCGGACGCCCCUCCAGAGAGGAGAGAAGAGUCCAGCAGCAGAGAGCAGACUCCCCGGCACCCAGCUGUGUCUCCAUGAAGAGUGACCAAUCUAUGGAUCCACCUCUCUAUUUUAAUGAUGGAAAUCAGUCUAUUGAGCAAACAAGAGUCCAGCGGGAGAGAGCAGACUCCCCUGGACCCAGCUGUGUCUCCAUGAAGAGUGACCGCUCUAUGGAUCAUCCUCCUGACCUUAAAGAUGGACGCCCCUCGAGAGAGGGAAGACACCAGCAGAGGUCAAAGGUCACCAGUGCUCAGUCUGUUCAGCAGCAUCAAACCGAGCUGAUCAAGAGGGCUGAGGAGAACGCACACGCUUUCCUAGACAAGGAGCUGAAGAAGCUCUGGAGGGAUCUCUUCUCAGAUUACCCACAAUGCUCAGAGGGUCAGAGAGUGGAGGAGGAGGAGGUGGAUGGUAAGAAGGAGAAGCAGAGGAGGCGCGCCAUAGAGGGAGUGGUGGACAUCACAAAGCUCUGCCUGAUGGAGAUGAACCAGGAGGAACUGGCCGACACACUGUUGAGCGUUGUAUUGGUUUGA